UUUUACAUGUGACUAAGGGAAAACCCCGAAGUGCGAGCGCAGACGUCCGCUACACCUCGUCCCUUUGUCUAUUUCCGGUAUCUAAAAAACAACAAGUGUUCGUCAUGGCGUCAUUAGUUCUCAAGAUAGCAAUUAUUGGGCUUGCUUUGUCGUCGUUGGUGACAAACUGUGGAGCUGUUUCUGUGGGUGGCGGCGCCGCAGAAGACUGCCGGGUGUUUGUGAUCAGAAACUUUUUGGACAACACCACGAACACGCUUCUGGCUUUCCGAGUCUCUCAAGGGGGCCUGCAGUACGCCAAGACAGCCUCCCAAACCCAGCCUUAUGCCUGGUCCAAAUGGGUGGAGCUAGGAGCUCCCCCCGGUAGUAAAAACCCUUCCAAUGUUUCUGCAAUUGCUUCAAACCCCGUGGGCCUUCACGCGAGCAAAAACCAAACCCAGAUUUUCGUCCAGGCAGGCGACGGGCAGGUUUACACAAUAAGUCAAGAAUUGACGGGAACAAAGGUAGCCUUUGGGAAGUGGACCAAGUUGUCCCCCCUGGAGUACCAGAGUGGGGCGGUUCUGAAUGGCCAAGACUCUGUCACCAUUGGGACGUAUAAGAGCCAGAUUGUCAUCUUUGCUCGUUCGGUGACUGGGAAGUCAGGACUCUUCUGGUGUAAAGGAGAUGACAGUGGCAGAUUCUCCCCCUGGAAUAGAAUCGGCGAUGCCUUAGAUGUGCACCUGUUUUCAGAUGCCACAGUCAUCUUUAACACAUUCUCUGGCUACUAUGAAGCCUUUGCAGUGAUGAACGAUGGCUAUGUUUACCGGACUUGGCAGAGAGAUGACACACGCUGGGCAAACUGGAGGAGUAUGGGCAUUUUCCAACCUAAGGUCACCUCCAAGAGCCGACCUGUUUCCAACGUGAUGUCGCAUAGCUUUGCCAAUGGUGUCCUGGAAGUAUUUGCUCUCGGAGCAGACGGCACAGUCAAGCACAUCUUCCAGACAACCUGUGACAGGGUGGACAACCCCUGGGGCUACUGCACCUGGGGCUUGUGGCACACCCUGUCGGGCAAGGUGCCUCCUACCAUGGGAGCCAAUGUCAUCGCAGCGGGUACUAACGUCCACCUGGGUGGGGAGUUGUUUGCUGUUGACACCAAGGGAAAACCCUGGCACAUUUGGCAGUUAGAGAGGGGAAGUUCUUGGAGUGACUGGCAGCAGGUUCUCACCUCCGGACCCGCACAGCCUGCUAUCAUCGGCAAACCUUUCGUGAGCAGAGAGGAGAAGCUGUGGUGGAGGGUCUUUGCACUGAGCGGAAAUGGAACGAUGGUUGUGGUGGAGCAGGCGAGGUCUUUGGAUGCUGACCCAAGCCGGGUGGCAUAUGGGGGUAAUCUAACAGUGUCUUGGUCUGUACCACUGGAUGAAGCCACAAAUAUGGACUGGAUUGGAGUCUACCCAGCUGGGGCCAAUAACGAUCAGUAUGUAGACUUUAGGUAUGUACAAGGAGGCCAGAAUCCUAUGGAUAAUGCAGUACCAAAGGGGAAAGUUGCACUGGAAUCCUACCUUCCGGAUGGGAAGUACGACAUUCGCUAUCUGGUCAACAGACAGUUUGUUGAUGUGAUUGAUAAAUCCGUUGUAUAUUACGGUGGAAGCCGUGACGCGCCUUGGGUACAAGUUUAUAGGGGGAUCUUCCGAGGCUUGGGUACCAAGACCACCGACUUCAAGCAGUGCGUGCAAGACGGAAACAAGACCGUGGCCACAUUCAGGGAAUCCUUUGAGGCAUUCCGCAACAGAGAGGUGUACAAGGGUCUUCAGGUGUUUGGCAUGGGCCUGAAGGAUGUCGUGGAGACCUUAAGAGUCUGCCUGGAGACGGACAUCGCCAAAGCGGUGGAGCGAUUUGUGGAGGACCUCACCACUUGCAUUGAGGGCCACUGUGAGCACUUCGUCAUCGAUGCCCUUGACAUCUUGCUCAUCUUGUACGAGGACGUCUACGAGAUUUUCGGAGACAUCCGGGCCGCCUCCAAUUCCUUCAACGUGGCCAGUGCCUACGAGCAGGGUGGACUGUGCAUUGGCCGCGUGGUGAAUGUUUGUAUCAGUUUGCCACGGCAGAACAAAACCGAGUAACCAAAGAAGUCUGACAAGAUAAUAAAACGAUGCAGUAAAUAAUUAGACAAAAACAUGUAAUAUGCAAUAUUACAGAGCUUUUUGUGUCAUUGACUUGCUGCCAAUGGAACUGCUUAGUCACAGGACCUGAAAUAAUUGGAAAAUAUUGUAACAAAAAAAAACUAUUUGCGCUUUCACUUUUCUUCUGUUGUAACAAUCAGGGGCCAAUUUCAUAGCGCUGCUUAAGCACCAAAUUUGCUUAAGCAUGAAAAAACCUUGCUUGACGAAGCAGGUAACCAACCCAAACUCCACGUGAUGUAUAUUGUUUUUGAAUGGUAUUCACCUGUCUUUUGGUUAGCACGACUAUCACAUAGAUUUUGAGCUGGUAACCUUUGUUUUUUAAGCAAGGAUUUUUUGCCCUUAAGCACAUUUUGUGCUCAAGCAGCUCUAUGAAAUUGGCCCCAGCUGGUCAACAAUUUGCCAGUACCUUAUCAAUCAGAGUUGUAACAGACUUAAGUUAUUUUUGUGCCAGUUACAGCAUUUACACACCGUUGCCUUGCCUUGGCCCGAAGGGCCCCUGCGGGCUGUGGCCACACAAUGGGAUACCACAUAAAACCAUUCUUUACACAUAUAUAGUGGAAUUUCUGUGGUUGAGCCGGCUUGAUACUUCACUAUAAAACCUUGCUGUAGUCUUAGCUCAGUGUGGGUUUGGGACUGGGCUUGGGCUGUGUGAGUUUUUUUUAAUUUUCCAACCACAUGUACCAGUAGGCCUGCACUGCUGUGGUCUGGUUUAUUACCUUUGAAGCAAGAUAUAGGAUGGAGAGCACCCCACCCCCCACAGACACACACAUUGCGUUGGUUGUUGUUUGAUUGGAAUCUCAGGCCGUGUCCAAAACGGGCUUCCAGAGCUACGGCUAGGUCUAUUGUCUACGCGUCUCCAAUAGAGUGAAGACCUAGACUUAGCUCUAGACAAGAGAUUCAGAUGCAGCCCCAGGAAUUCUUGACAGACAUUUAGGGGGGGCUGCUUUAGGUAAUAAUAGUCUGCAGUGUGUAUAGGGAUUGGACAUGUAGGGGGGUACCCCUCCGUCCCAUAUCUUGCUGGGUAUAAUUUUCAAAAUGGAAAAGUUCAUUCAUUUGUUUUUAAGCAACCCCAAGUGAUGAGCAUAGGAAUGAUGUAGCAAAAGAAUGUAAAUUUGGAAACAGAAAAGUUUACUCUCAUGUGUAAAUUUUGAAAAAAGCCAUUUUGGGGGGGGGACAUUUUUGUAUACUGCUUUUUUGAAGCAGGUUUACACAUUUUGACAGUUAUGCUGGGAAAACAUGUCAGUUUUUCGCGCUUUUUUUUUUUAAUCGAGUAACAGAUUUUGGUGAUCGAAAAAGGAUUUUGCUGGAAUUGCUAUCAAGGCUGCGUAUUGCAGGUCAGAAAUUUGUGACUAUCACAAUCGGCAGAUGGAUAACAUUUUAAUAGUUCCAGAUACUUUCAAGACAGGAAACCUUUGAAGCUUUACAGUGAUGUGACAGACAAGUAUCGUGUCUUCAGAUUUUGGUGUUGGAUAAAUCCACAGAUUAUUCACUCGCAAGUCCUUGUGCAAAAUGUGUUGCAUAAACUUGCCUCGUUUGGACUUCCUCUUAAACAAGGGCUCAAGAUCUUUUUUCUCUUAAUGAACAGCUUUAUCUUGGAAUUUUGGCUGGGUGCAGUUGGUCAGCUAAUCAUUGUACAGAGACCUUCGGAAUGAAAGUGACAUAAUAAAGUUUGUUCAUGAACAGAAGA